AUGCAAGCUACACCCGAGACCAUCUCCGCCCUAUCAACCUACCUAUCCUCGACAGUCUCACCCGAUGCCCAUGCCAGACGAUCAGCCGAGGAUUCCCUCCGUCAGGGUGAAACUCAGCAGGGGUUCUUGUUGAUUGUACUGCAACUUGUCAAGUCAAAUGAAGUGGAUAUGAUUGUCAGACAGGCUGGUGGUGUUUAUUUCAAAAAUGCUGUGAAGAGGUUGUGGAGCGGCGAAGAGGAGACUCAAAUAGCCCCAGCGGACAAAGAAGCUAUCAAGUCCCAGCUCGUACCCAUUAUGAUAUUCCUGGGCACCUCGCAGACAGCGAAACUACAAAGUCAGAUCGGAGAAGGAUUGAGUCAUAUUGCUACUUUGGAUUUCCCGGCUGAGUGGGAGGGAUUAUGCGAUGAACUCAUCAAUUCACUUACACCUGACAAUUUUGUGAUCAACAAUGGUGUUUUGGCUACUGCUCAUUCUAUAUUCAAAAGGUGGAGAUCCCAAUUCCGUACCAACGAAUUAUACUCUGAGAUCAAUUUCGUCUUAUCCCGAUUCUGCCAACCAUACUAUCAAUUAUUCCAACAUGUGGAUCAAUUAUUGCAAUCACCCAAUCCAGCUUCUUUACCUCCCAACUCAUCUUUACAGUUAUUGUCGCAGACAUUGAUAUUGCUCGUUCAGCUGUUCCACGAUCUGUCAAGUCAGGAUUUACCGCCGUUCUUCGAAGAUCAUAUGGAUGAAUUCAUGGGUUGGUUGAGAAAGUAUCUUGAUUGGGAAAGGGAAGAAUUGAAAGGUGAUGAAGACGACGAAGCCCCUGGACCAUUACAGAAGAUCAGAGCGUCAAUCUGUGAAAUAUCAGAAUUGUAUGCGCAGAAAUAUUCGGACGUAUUCACUCAGUUGGGUACUUUCGUAGAUGGAGUUUGGAAUAUGUUGACUCGCAUCGGUGCUGGAACGAGGGAUGAUGUGCUUGUAUCGCGAGCACUUCGAUUUCUCUCAGUCGUAGUGAAGAUGGGUAAUCACAGAGCAAUGUUCCAAGCGCCAGAGACUUUGAAUGCAUUUUGCGAGAAGAUCAUUUUGCCGAAUAUGGCUAUUAGGCAACACGAAGAAGAGAUGUUUGAAGAUGAUCCUAUGGAAUACAUCAGACGAGAUCUGGAGCCAUCGACAGAGAGCGAUACAAGAAGACAAGCCGCCACUGAAUUCACUCGUGCUUUGAUGGAACUAUUCGAAAAGGAAGUGACAGAUAUCAUCAAGGGAUACAUCACCGCCUUAUUGCAGGAGUACGCCAAGAACCCAACGGAUAAUUGGAAGAGCAAAGAUACCGCUAUAUACCUUCUCACUUCCAUCGCAUCAAGAGGUUCUACUCAACAGCUUGGUGUGACAUCCACCAAUGUACUUGUCGAUGUUGUGGAGUUCUUCGGACAGAAUGUCUUUGCGGAUCUGCAAGCUACGCCUGGCUCCGUACACCCUAUCCUCACUGUUGAUGCUAUCAAGUUCUUACACACCUUCCGAAACCAGCUCACCAAAGAUCAACUGGUCUCUGUACUCCCUCUGCUCGUUCAGCAUCUCAACUCCGACAAUUACGUCAUCUCUUCUUACGCUGCAAUCACUAUCGAAAGGAUUUUGUUCAUUAAAGUGGAACGACAGGCAUUAUUCACUCAAGCCGAUGUCCGACCAUUCGCUGAGAACAUUCUCAUGGCUCUCUUCACUAAUAUCGAGAAGGGAGGUACGCCAGAGAAGAUCGCUGAGAAUGAUUACCUUAUGAAAUGUGCCAUGCGAGUCGUCAUUACAGCGAAACAAUCCCUCGUUCCAUCUCACGAAGCCAUCCUCAACCGAUUGGUCGCCAUUAUGGGUGAGAUCAGUAAAAACCCUUCGAACCCUAAAUUCAACCAAUACUGCUUCGAAUCUGUAUCCGCUUUGAUCAGGUUUGUAUGUGAUGGCCAACCUGCUGCGCUCGCUACAUUCGAAGGAGCGUUGUUCGGACCUGCUCAGCAUAUCUUGACUAACGAUGUCGCAGAAUUCAUACCAUACAUCUUCCAAAUCCUCGCUCAACUCCUCGAACUUCAUCCUCCAACUUCCCUACCGGCAUCUUACCAAGCUCUCACCGGACCCUUGUUGAACGCUCAACUAUGGGAACAACGAGGAAAUAUCCCUGCCCUCAUCCGAAUAUGGAAGGCAUGCUUACAAAGAGGUGCUUCGUCGAUCGUCGCCGCUGGCCAGGUCCAGGGGUUGCUGGGUAUCUUCCAGAGAUUAGUGGGAAGUAAGAUCAAUGAUGUUUACGCUUUUGAGCUGUUACAAGCGUUGUUCGAGUUUGUUCCACUCGACGUAAUGCAACCAUUCUCCAACACUGUGUUUGUAUUGCUCCUCACAAGGUUACAACAAAAACCCUCACCCCAAUUCAACCAAUCUUUCGUAUACUUUUUUGCGUUCGUAGCGAAUUUGGAUACGGUAGGACCGGAUUUCUUGAUUAGCGUACUGGAAGGUGUACAACCUGGUCUCUUCGGAAACCUUCUCAGUGGUGUCAUACUCUCAAACACUCAGAAAGUCACCACGCGCAAUAGGAAAUUGGUGGAAGUCGGUCUCGUAAAGAUGUUGACUAAGAGUAACAAGCUCUUUGAAAAUUCUCUCAAGCAGCAUUGGGUAUCAAUUUUCGUAUCACUCCUCGAUCUAUUUACUCUCCCUCAAGAUCUCACUUACGCCCAACAGCACGCUGUGGACGGAGGCGACUUGACAGAGCUUGACCCUGAAGAAGCAGGAUUCCAAAGUAGUUUCUCCAAGCUCGGAGCUUCCGAGACCGUCCAGCGAGAUUACACUGCCGGUAUAGUCGAUACGAAAGAAUAUGCUAUCAAGGAAUUGGGAAGAAGAUCGAAUGAGAAACCUGGUGUCAUACCAGGAUUGAUCGAGGCUGCUAAAGGGAUCGAGAAGGAUGUGGUGGAUGGGUUUGUGGGUUAUGCUACUCAGAAUGGGUGA